CAUCUAUUUAGAAGGUCACGUUUUCGUGGUGCUAGCUGACACUUAGCAUUUAGCUGUGAGUUCAUUCAUCUCAAAAUUACCGCAGAGACAUGCAGGAAUGGGCGAAUCAGCUUUGUGAGAACCGGCAAUUUGGAUCCAAAAUGACGGACUCAAAGUACUUCACUACCACCAAGAAAGGAGAGAUAUUUGAGCUCAAAGCAGAGCUCAACAGUGAUAAGAAAGAAAAGAAGAAAGAGGCUGUGAAGAAAGUCAUUGCAUCGAUGACAGUUGGCAAGGAUGUCAGUGCUUUGUUCCCAGAUGUUGUGAACUGCAUGCAGACAGACAACUUGGAACUGAAAAAGCUGGUCUACCUCUAUCUGAUGAACUAUGCUAAGAGUCAACCUGACAUGGCAAUCAUGGCCGUUAACACCUUUGUAAAGGAUUGUGAAGAUCCUAACCCGCUUAUUCGAGCCCUUGCUGUUCGGACUAUGGGCUGUAUUCGCGUGGACAAAAUCACAGAGUACCUGUGUGAGCCCCUGAGGAAGUGUCUGAAGGAUGAAGAUCCCUAUGUGAGGAAGACUGCAGCUGUGUGUGUAGCAAAACUCCAUGAUAUCAACGCCCAGUUGGUGGAGGAUCAGGGCUUCUUGGACACCCUUAAAGACCUUAUCUCUGACUCCAAUCCCAUGGUGGUAGCGAAUGCUGUAGCAGCACUGUCUGAGAUAGCAGAGUCUCACCCCAACAGUAACCUCCUGGACCUUAACCCUCAGACCAUUAACAAGUUACUAACUGCUCUAAAUGAGUGUACAGAGUGGGGGCAGAUCUUCAUUCUUGACUGCCUGGCUAAUUACACACCUCGUGAUGACCGUGAAUCCCAAAGCAUCUGUGAACGUGUGACUCCACGGCUCUCGCAUGCCAACUCUGCGGUGGUGCUGUCAGCAGUGAAAGUUCUAAUGAAGUUCAUGGAGAUGCUGCCUAAAGACUUGGACUAUUAUGGCACACUGCUGAAAAAGCUGGCUCCUCCUUUGGUCACUCUUCUCUCUGCAGAGCCAGAGUUGCAAUAUGUAGCCCUUAGAAAUAUCAACCUUAUUGUGCAGAGACGACCAGAGAUCCUGAAACAUGAAAUGAAGGUCUUCUUUGUAAAGUACAAUGACCCUAUUUAUGUCAAACUGGAGAAGCUGGACAUUAUGAUUCGUCUAGCUUCACAAGCUAAUAUUGCCCAGGUGCUGGCUGAGUUGAAGGAAUAUGCCACUGAGGUAGAUGUCGACUUUGUCCGUAAAGCAGUCCGAGCCAUCGGCCGCUGUGCCAUUAAAGUCGAGCAAUCAGCGGAACGCUGUGUCAGCACCCUGUUAGAUCUCAUCCAGACCAAGGUCAAUUAUGUGGUGCAGGAGGCAAUUGUGGUCAUCAAAGACAUUUUCCGCAAAUACCCCAACAAAUAUGAGAGUGUGAUUGCCACUCUGUGUGAAAAUCUCGAUUCACUCGAUGAGCCAGAGGCACGGGCAGCAAUGAUCUGGAUUGUUGGGGAGUAUGCUGAGCGCAUUGAUAAUGCUGAUGAGCUGCUGGAAAGUUUCCUGGAGGGUUUCCAUGAUGAAAGCACUCAGGUGCAGCUGCAGUUACUGACAGCCAUCGUCAAAUUGUUCCUGAAAAAGCCAACUGAGACCCAAGAGCUGGUGCAGCAAGUGCUUAGUCUGGCCACACAGGAUUCGGACAACCCUGAUUUAAGGGACCGUGGAUAUAUCUACUGGCGUCUGCUCUCUACGGACCCUGUGGCUGCCAAGGAGGUGGUUCUGGCUGAAAAGCCUCUAAUCUCUGAGGAGACUGACCUGAUUGAGCCCACACUGCUGGAGGAACUUAUUUGCCACAUUGGUACUCUUGCCUCCGUCUACCACAAACCACCCAGUGCCUUUGUUGAAGGCAGCCGAGGUGUUCAGCAUAAGAGAGUGCCCGGCAGUGCUGGAUCUGGCGAUAGUGCAGAGAGCCCAGACACAGGAUCUGCUGCUGGUGUCUCUGAGGCACCCCCUGCUGUUAUUCCCUCCCAGGGAGACCUCCUGGGAGACUUACUCAACCUGGACCUCACACCUCCUGCAACAACAGGACCACUACCACCCUCCUCUGGAAUGCAGAUGGGGGCUAUGGACCUUCUUGGUGGAGGACUGGAUAGCUUGAUGGGGGAUGAGUCUGAGCCGCCUCCCGUUCCACUGCGGACAAAUGCUCCUCAGUCACCUCAGCUCUCAUAUCAGUCCCCAUCGCCCACAGAUUACAGCCCCACUGAGCUGGGUGGUGACCUUGGAGGAAGCCCUGCUAUGACUGGUGGUUUUGGUGCUUCUCCAGCUGUAAUGCCAGCCUCUUUCAGUGCUCCUAGUAGUGGUGGUCUUGAUGACUUGUUUGACCUUGGUGGUGGAGUUGGUAUAACAAUGGGAGCGUACACACCCCCUAAAACGGUUUGGCUUCCAGCUAUGAAGGCAAAGGGUUUGGAGAUCUCUGGGACGUUUGCUCGUCGUGCUGGAGUAAUUCAAAUGGAAAUGACCUUCACUAAUAAAGCAAUGAGUAUCAUGACUGACUUUGCGAUCCAGUUUAACAGAAACAGCUUUGGUCUUGCUCCAGCUGGCCCACUACAGAUUCUCACACCUCUCAGUCCAAACCAUAGUAUCGAAGUGACCCUUCCCCUAAGUACUGUGGGGCCUGUCAUGAAGAUGGAGCCUCUCAAUAAUCUACAGGUGGCUGUUAAGAACAACAUUGAUGUAUUCUACUUCAGCUGCCAGUACCCCAUCAGCACGUUGCUUGUAGAGGACGGAAAGAUGGAGAGACAAGUGUUUCUUGCCACAUGGAAAGACAUUCCUAAUGACAACGAGUCCCAGUUUCAGGUCAAAGACUGUCAUCUCAAUUCAGACUCUGCUUCCGGAAAACUGCAGGGGAGUAACAUCUUCACCAUAGCUAAGCGUACGGUGGAGGGUCAGGACAUGUUGUACCAGUCAAUGAAACUCACCAAUGGCAUCUGGGUGCUUGCUGAACUAAGAGUGCAGACAGGAAAUCCCACCUACACGGUCUCCCUGAAGUGCAGAGCCCCGGAGGUUUCUCAAUACAUCUUCCAGAGCUACGAGGCCAUACUGAAGAACUGAAGGACCCAUCAGCAACACGCACUGAAACUUCACAGGCUCCAGACAGCGCCUCCUGCUGGCUCCACCUGACCCACGGCCCAUGCAGGAGCCGCUGCUGCUGCGCUGGCCCUAGAGACUGUAACCAUCCAGCUGUUUAAUUAGGACUUUUGUAACAAUUUGUCCAACUUUAACCCCAGAUUGCGGCGAUUGUGAUUUCACGUGUUAUUUGCUGAACCUUUCUGGCUGCCUGUUCUGUGAUGUCUCAUUUGGGACCCAAGUCUGUAUUGCUUCUAUUCCCAUGACUGUUUUCUCUUCCCAUGUCUCUUUAAUCAUUAUUAAGCCCCACUUUUCUGCUAAUUAAAGUCUAUUUAUACCAUCUGGAAUCAGCAGGUGAAACCCUGUGUUGUCAUUUAUUUGGUGUGCUCAGAGUUCAAAUGAGGCAGAAAUGAGCUUCCGUCACGUAACUUUCACGUUUGUAAGUCUGGGCCUGAUGGGAAACAAACUCUUCUGCCCUCUUGUUUGUUGUCUUCAGUUUUUGUGUGUUAUGUCAUGUAUCCUCUGUCACAGACACCAGAAUGUGUGGAAUUUUUUUUUUUUCCCUCAUUUUUGUUUUGGGCUGAACAUUUGACAGACAGAAGAAGCAGUUGUGUUUGUUUUUGUGUUCCCGUGCACUGUUUUUUUUUUUUUUUUUUUUUUUGGUCAUUCCUUUGCGUGUCUGUAGUCCUGUCUGUCACGCACCCUCACUCUGUUAGCUGCUUCCUUCAGUCUCCUGCUUCAGCUCUCAACGUUGACUCACUAUGCCUUUUCAGUUUCCACCUGAGGUGAAGGCUUAGGUGAGAGAACUCUGUAACUAUGACGACUUAACACUCGUAGUCACGUAGGUCACACAGGAGCAUUCUGUAAAUGGAGAGAAGAGCGCAGCAAUGAUCAGUACCCUGUUACGUUGUCUCUACAGUUUAAUCUGAUUGAAAUGUAAAAAAAUAUAUAGAUACACAGACUGAAAUCUGCUUUUUGAUCUGUGUGUGUAAAUCAUCUGCAACAGCAUUAUUAAAUGUGUGAAAGUGA